GUUAAGUCACUGAGCUAUGGGUUAAGUUAAUACCAUUUCAUAAAGAUUUUGCCACAUACAUAAUGAUACUUCCCUAGCUUAAAAAAAUACAAUUAAAAAAUGGUAUACAACGCCAUCUGUUAAAGACUUAUAAAAACUCAAAGACAGCAAACAAAUACCUACAACAGUUACUUAUCGAUUGAGGUGCGAUAAAGUAUCCUACCUUCUCCGUUAACAGUGGCGGCAGUUCUAGAACACACCAUUACCAAUAAUGCUUCAGUUAAGUAAACCGUCAAACUUUGGGGACGAAUUUGUACUUCGUUCUGUCGAUUGGAUCGAGAACCUUCCAUGGCACGACGGAGAUAUUGUGAAAACACAAAAAGACAGAUUCGAGAUCAAUUUACUGGUCAAAGAUUUCACCGCUGAACAAAUUCAGGUAAAGGUAGCCGAUGAUUUUAUUGUGAUUGAAGCGAAACACGAAGAAAAGAAAGACGAACAGGGAUUCAUAUCUCGACACUUUGUGAGAAAAUAUAAGUUGCCUCAGGGAAGUCAGCCCAACAAAAUCACAUCAACGCUAUCGGCUGAUGGUGUGUUGAAAAUAGUGGUGCCAAAAGAAACGGCUGUUUUGAAAGAUACUGCGAUACCUGUGGCAUACGAGGACUCAAAGAAGCCAAAUUCGAAAUUGUGAAUGAAAAAAAUAUGUAAAUUUAACAACUUUUAUUGUUACAUACAUUCCGACGUUUUGAAUAAUUAACAGUUUUUUUUGGUCACGAACUAGGUACCUACUAAUUUCUAUUCGUCGAUAUAAUUCGUUAACAUAAAACAUUGAUGUAAAAAGUAGUUUUAAUAACGAAUAAUAAUCCUUGUGAAAACACUUUUUUUACUUGUUACCGAUCUUGGAACAUUAAAGGUAUA